AUGGUGGACCCUGGGAUUGAAAAUGAAACAGUUGUGGACAUAUUAGUACUUCUGGGUUUUGAGGAUCAUCAUGAACUGCAGAUUUUCCUCUUUCCACUCUUCUUAACAUUGUACCUAGCAAGCAUGGUGGGGAAUAUCCUCAUUAUAACUAUUGUCUCAGCUGACCACAACCUUCGCACACCUAUGUACUUCUUCCUGGGUAACCUGUCCUUUCUGGAGGUCUUGUAUUCAUCAAACAUAACCCCCAGGAUGCUUAUGGACCUACUAAGACAUGAUAAAUACAUUUCCUUUGGAGGCUGUAUCUUGCAGUUAUAUAUAUUCUGUGCAUUGGGAACUGUUGAGUGUUUUCUACUGAUGUUAAUGUCUUAUGAUCGGUACUUGGCCAUCUGCAACCCUUUGCACUAUGCAGACUUAAUGAAUUGGACUGUGUCGGUUAAGCUAGCAGUUGGCACGUGGGUGUGGGGUUUGCUGCUGGCUGCUGGGUUGCUACUUAUUUUGGGAAAAUCCUUAACUCUUUGUGGCCCAAAUGAAAUCAAUCAUUAUUUCUGUGACUUGACACCCUUGCUAAAACUGUCGUGCUCUGACACAUUUAUGGUGGAGGUAGCGAUUUUUGUCUCAGCCGGUGUUGUGUCGCUGAUCCCAUUUCUCUUAACCAUCUCAUCCUACAUUCAUAUCCUCCUGAUUGUCAUCAAACUCCCGUCAAAGAGUGGGAAGCGCAAAGCAUUUUCCACCUGCAGCUCUCAUCUCAUUGUAGUCACAGCUUUCUACGGGACUCUGACCAUAACAUAUGGUGCAUCCACAAGAACCCAGACAGUUGAUCUCAACAAGAUCCUUUCCUUGAUGUAUACUGUUGUGACUCCGUUCUUCAAUCCCAUAGUGUACAGCUUGAGGAACAAUGAGGUUAAAGAAGCCCUGAAGCGAUUUCUUAGCAAAGUUAUCCAUUGGCAAAAUUAA